CUAUUGUGAUAAUUCGUUCAAUGUAUUUAUAUAUUGACUGAUUUAAACAAAUUCACAUUUUCUUACCAAAAACAAAAAUAUUUCAUUCAGGAUUAAUCAAUUUCUAUUGUGUGUGGAUUCUUAUAAUAUGAUGGAUUUAUUCAAUAUUACCUAACUAUUCACAAUUGAACAUUGUACAUUGGACUACAAGAUUAAAACAAAACGAGAAAGGAGAAAAAAAAAUUAUGCUUGCUGACGGUGAAUACGUCGAUGGUUCAUGGUUAUUAUCUGUACAUAUUGAUGAUUUAAAUAUUGAUCGUCAAAUACGUGUUCAUGGUGAUUGGUCUAUAGGAGAAGUAAUUUCACAGCUAACCGAUGGUUUAACAUGUCCACUACCAAAUAAACCACUUCAGUCGAAUGAGAUUAGUUUACGUUCGAAUACUUCAAAAAUUAGUUGGGCUGAUUAUGGUUUAUGGUGGCCAGCGAAAUCAAAAUGGCUUUUAAAAACAAAAUUAAGUCUUAAUCAAUAUGGUUUGCAAGCUGAUGCUAAACUGCGAUUUUUAUCAAUCUAUGGUAGUUUAAGCAUUCAGCUGCCUGAUUUACAAAUUCGACAAUUUGUUGAUGUAAAUUUUGCUGAACCAGUUUUUCGUGUUACUCUAUCCAUAUGUCGUUAUUUAAAUAUACGACAUCCUGAAGAAUUAUCUUUAGCUUAUCCUAUUCAACAAAAUGAUUUGAAACAUUCACGUUUCGCGCCAAAUUAUAUCGUGGAUAAACGUUAUCAUACAUUGUCCAACACAGGAAAACGUUCAACAUUUCAACGUAGUGCUACGAUCAGUACAACACAUGGACAACACAAUAAAACGUUACGUAAAGAAUCGUUAUUUCAAAUCAAUGAAAAUUCACAAGUGAAAAAUGAUUAUUUAUCAUCAGAGGAGAAGAAAAAUUCCAUCUCAUCAAGACAUUCAAUACAUUUAUUCGGUCCACCAAUAAUACGUGAUAAACGACGUGUACAUGCCAAUUGUCAUGUCACCACGAAUCGAUAUUCAUAUCCAAAUGCAGAAACUUUUUGUCAACUGACUUAUUCACCUGUGACAUUUGAUUUUCGUUUAUUAAAUGAUUCCACGUUGGCAUUUAGUCCACAAAUUCAUGUUAAUGAUGCUUUACAUAAUGGUUAUAUUGUAAGACCAAUUAAUUUUUUACAACGUGUACGAUUACAAACAAUUUGGUUAGAUUCAUCGAAAUCAUUAUUAGAACAAGGUAUCAAUAAGUUGGAUUCGAAUUUGAAUUUGAAUUCACCGCCAAUUAAUACUACUACUAAUAAUCAUAAUCGAUCGAAUUCAGUAGUAUUAACAGGAAAUAAACGAAUUGAUGAUGAUGAUGAUCAGAAGGCAAAUGUUGCUGAUGUUGACGAACAACAGGAAGUUGAGGAGCAGAAGAAGAAGGGAGAACUAACGCCGAAAUUAAUGUUACGUUUUAAAUAUGGUACAUUUUAUGAUUUAAACAUAAAAUAUGAUUUAAUACGUAUAAAUCAGUUAUAUGAACAAGCAAAAUGGUCAAUUAUAUCAGAAAUUUAUGAAGUUACUGAUGAAGAAGCAUGCUUAUUUGCUGCAUUACAAUCUCAAAUUGAAUUAGCUACAGAACACGAGGCAUUAAUGAACGAUGAAAACUUAUUAAAUAACAACAAUGAACAAGAAUUCAACGUUGACGAACAACAAAACAAUGAUACAACUGAUCAACAAUUAAUUCAAUGUUUUCAAGAUAAAACAAUCAUUGAUCAUUGUAAAACAAAUAUGAAAAAAAUUAAAUCUACACAACGAUUACAUAAUCGUGAUAUAUCACCAUUAGGUGGUUAUUUACAUAACAACACCAUGUUGAAUCAACAAUACUAUUGCGGUAAAUCUAUAUCACGACCACUUAGUAUUGCUGAAUUAGAUGAUCAAAUUGAUAGUAUGCUUAAUGAAUUAUCAAUGAAUUGUUUAGAGAAUAUAGAUGAUACUACAGAUACUACAAUCAAAAUGAAACAUUGUUCAAGGUUAAAUGAACAACGUCCUUCAAGUUUGUUGAGUGAUGUACAGGAUUUAAACACAAUUGAACAAACCACAACCAGUAAUCAUAUUGAUGAACCAUUACCAAAAUUAAUGAGUUAUGUUAAAAUAUGUAAACCAAGAAAGUUUGGUUUGAAAAAAUUAUUUCGUCGUUAUUUUAUGUUAAUUAAAGAAAUGGAAUUAUUUAUUUAUAAAAAUAAAGAAGAUUAUGAAUCGAAUAGUCAUCUUAAUGAAGUAAUUUAUUUACCUGGAUGUGAAAUACAAUCAGAUUUAUGUAUUACUACAGAUAAAUACAAUAUACGUCUAUUUAUUCCAGUAACACGUACUAAUUUACCACUAUCUACAGCAUUCAAUGGUAACAAUCAUCAUCAACACCAUGAUAUCAAUACUUUACAAACAAAUAACACUGAACAUUUAACGAAUAAAUUAAAACGAAGAGCUUCAUUAUUAUCACUGACAUCAUUGUCACAACUGAGCAAUGCUAUUGGUUUAUCUACAUCAACCAAUCAUGACACAUCAAACGGUCUGAUUGGUUUAAAUGCAAUUGGUGCUUUAACUGGUCCAUGUGCAUCAAUGACUGGUUUAAUGAAUGAAUUAUGGUUACAAUUUUUGAGUUUAGAUGAUUUUAUCGAUUGGUUAACAAUAUUUCGUAUUACAACCACAGCGAAUCAUUCCUGGAUGAUGACUACGACGACUACGUCGACAACACCAACACCAUGUGUCGAUUUCUCCACAGAUGAGACUAUAAAAAAAUCAACAAUGAAACGAAAACCUGCCAAUCAUCAAUCCACAUCACAAUUAUUCAGUCGUAAAACAUUUAACAAUGAACGUAAAGCUAUAUUGAAUCUAGUCAAAUUGUUAUCACCACCAAAUAAAUUUCGACAAUUUAAUGAAACACAAAAAAAAGCAAUUACUAAUAUUACUAAAUUAUAUAAUUAUUUAGAAAAAAAACAGUUAAUUAAUUUAUUACCAUUAAGAUUGGGUUAUUUAAAAAUUGGCCAAAAAUUAUGGGAUCAUACAAAUGAGAUUGGAUUUAAUCGUUCAGCUAGUUUAAGAAUUCAUGAAAAACCACCUAUUGUUGGGCAUCAUACACAAACUAAUCAAUUGAUACAAACAAGAAAUAAUUUCAUUCAACAUAUUUCAUUAAUUUACACACAAAUUGAACAUUUAACAAGUUUACAAACUAAAUUGAAAUAUAUCAAUGCAUGGGAACAAUUACAUUUACAUGGUAUACUGUUUUUCACUGCACGUAUACAAAUCACUGUACCAAUGAAUAGUUUAUUCCAAUCGGAACAUUCACCACUACAUGAAAAUACAAACCAAAACAGUAAUAAUAAACAAACAAAUUGGAUGCCUGGUAUUGUUCAACGUUCAAUCACAACACCAACACAAACAACACCGACACCAACCACAACACCAACAACUGGCAAUCAUGUCACCAUAUCGAUCAGUCGAAAACUUGAUGCUAUCGGGAUCAGUGCCACACGUAUUUAUCGAUGUGAUUUAACGAAUGGUGAAAUUCUAGCUAGUUGGCGUAUGUCCUCUAUACAAAGUUGGCAUAUUAAUUGGGAAUUAAAUGAAAUGGUAUUAAAUUUAGCCUGUGCAUCGAAAACACACUCAAAUGCUGCAACUACUACUACUAAUACUACUAACAAUAAUAAAACUAGUAGUAUUAGUAGUAGUAACAAGUCGAAUGAAUUAUCCGGUCGAGUUAUUAUUCGACCCAUUGAUAUUUCAAUUCGUACAGUAGCGGAAUUUUUAGGCGGCUACACAUUUUUAAAUUUAAGAUCACCAGAGAAAAAUCAAUGUCUUGCUGAAGAUAUUUUUUAUAAACUUACUACAGGUAUCUCACAACCAUCUGUAUGAGACGGGGAGAGAGAGCGAAAGGGCGUGAGAGAUCAAUGCUUCAAUUUGAAAUUCAAAUUCAAAUCUUUUUGCACACUUGGACAUUUCAAUGUUGACGUCUUUCAAUGAUCAAUAAUGAUUUUAUUUUACAUUUAUUUGUUCGUUCGUUUGUUUAAAUUGCAUGCAGUCAAUUUACCUCUUUCCCUAUAUUACUCACAUCAAUGCAUCGUCGUAACAUAUAACUACUAUCGGUCGUCUAUCAUGUUUCACGUCUAUGUAUGUUACUUCUUCUGUCAUGUCAUUUUUAUGUCAGAUUAUUUUGUAUUUAUAUUAAUCCGUAUGAGUAGUGGUGUAUUUAUUGACAAAUUCUUUCCACAUAUAAUCAUCAUCAUCAUUAUCCUAUUUCGUGUACUUCACAACCAAUUAGUUCAACUUCCCCAGCGAACACCUCGUACAUAUAUUCUCACUUUUCUCAGUUAUGUGUAAUACUCACUCAAUAAGGAGUUGUGUUUAUUCUGCAAUUAGAGUUCAGAUUACAAUAAUUAUUGACAAUUCUAUUGAUAUAUAAAUAUUUACCAAUUGUCAUUCGAUUUCAACAGCGUACAUCACCAUAUAGGCGCUCCCAUACACGCACACUCACACAAACACACAGGAAAUCAUAACUAUGCAUAAAUGAAACAAUAGAAAACUAAUCGAUACUGAUAGAGCGUCAUUUAUAUUUUGUGCUUUUUUCUCUUUUCAUUUAGGCUUUCUGUUAUUACUUAUAUUACUUAUAUUGUUAUCAGUAGUAGAUAGUUGUGUUUUUUAAAAAAAUCACAACUAUUGGCGUGAAUCAUACCCGUCUAUGUGUGUGUGCGAGUGUGUUUGAUUGUGUAGUGUGCUAAAUCACAGUCAUAAAAUUAUCCCCUUCUAGAUGUUUAUGGAUAUUGUUAUUAUUAACUAUAAUUUAUGAUACUACUUAUAUAAGUAGUGUUAAAGAGAAAAUUAAAAAAACACAACAUGACUUUUUGUUUUUCUAUAUGAAUCUGAAUGUUUUCAUGUUUUGGUGUAUUUCACUUGUUCCAUUCAUCUCUACUUAUUUUUUCUCCUUCUAUCUUUCUCGAUUUACAUCCAUUUAUCUAUAUCAGUGACGAUAUAUAGGAACUGAUUACUUGUUGAGAAACUACAUAUAUAUAUAUAUAUAUAUACACCCAAUAGACAUAUAUAUCGUUGGUGUGUUUUUUCUGUAUUGCUGUAAUGGUGUGUUUCAUGGCAAAAAACAUAGAAUACACACAUUGAUUUAUGUAGCUUUGCCAGUUUGAAUAAAUCAUAUAGAUUGGAAUGAGUGAA